CUCUUCCGGAUUGAGCCUCCGGGCGUCUACACGUGGUUGUGUUGCCGGUGCUGGGGCCGCUGCGGUCCAAGAAGUAACUUCAGCUGCGGCCCCGAAGCGAGGGAGCCGAGCCGGAGCCAUGGAGGGCCAGAGCGUGGAGGAGCUGCUGGCCAAGGCGGAGCGGGACGAGGCAGAGAAGCUGCAGCGCAUCACCGUGAACAAGGAGAUAGAGCUAGAGUUCGAUCUGGGCAAUUUGCUGGCUUCCGACCGGAACCCCCCAGCGGGGCUGCGGAGCGCAGGACCCACGCCGGAGGCCGAGCUGCGAGCCCUGGCGCGGGACAAUACGCAGCUGCUCAUCAACCAGCUGUGGCAGCUGCCCACGGAGCGCGUGGAAGAGGCGCUGGUGGCGCGGCUGCCUGAGCCCACCACGCGUCUGCCGCGGGAGAAGCCGGUGCCCCGGCCGCGACCACUUACUCGCUGGCAGCAGUUCGCACGACUGAAGGGCAUCCGUCCGAAGAAGAAGACCAGUCUGGUGUGGGACGAGGUGAGCGGCCAGUGGCGGCGGCGCUGGGGCUACCAGCGCGCCCGGGACGACACCAAGGAAUGGCUGAUUGAGGUGCCGGGCGGUGCCGACCCCAUGGAGGACCAGUUCGCCAAGCGGAUUCAGGCCAAGAAGGAACGGGUGGCCAAGAACGAGCUGAACCGGCUGCGGAACCUGGCCCGCGCGCACAAGAUGCAGCUGCCCAGCGCGGCCGGCAUGCACCCUACCGGCCACCAGAGUAAGGAGGAGCUGGGCCGCGCCAUGGAGGUGGCUAAGGUCUCCACCGCCUCUGUGGGGCGCUUCCAGGAGCGCCUGCCCAAGGAGAAGGCGCCCCGGGGCUCCGGCAAGAAGAGGAAGUUUCAGCCCCUUUUCGGGGACUUUGCAGCCGAGAAAAAGAAUCAGCUGGAGCUGCUUCGAGUCAUGAACAGCAAAAAGCCUCGGCUGGAUGUGACGAGGGCCACCAAUAAGCAGAUGAGGGAGGAGGACCAGGAGGAGGCCGCCAAGAGGAGGAAAAUGAGCCAGAAGGGCAAAAGAAAGGGGGGCAGGCAGGGUCCUGGGGGCAAGAGAAGAGGGGGCCCGCCCAGCCAGGGAGGGAAGAGGAAAGGGGGCUUGGGAGGCAAGAUGAAUUCCAGGCCGCCUGGCUUGGGUGGCAAGAGGAAGGGAGGACAGCACCAAGGAGGAAAGAGGAGGAAGUAAUAGUUUCACGCGUUACUGUAAACCAAAAGCUGUAUAUAUACUAAAUGUUAAGUUCUAGGAACUGUAGGGGAUGCAGAAGGAUGUGGCUGCCGCCUUCGUUGAGCUUGAAGGGACAAGAUUGUCCUCCCCUCAAAAGAGUAUGUAAGUGUUGGACAAAUCAGUUUUCCCACAACCAAAACUUUGGCUGGAGACUGAGGAUGCAUUUGUGGACAUAAGAAUUAGGGAAAUAAUUUGGUCGAGACUGGGAAUGAGUUCUAUUCUUAAAUAGCCAUUUUUUUCUUUCUUUGUAACUUUGGAUAUGGGGUGAGGGAGAGUUGGUCAUAUUUCAGAGAUUUACAAUAGGUUGAUUUGUAUGUUUCUGCAUUAUUUUUAUAACAAGUUUAUGUAUUUAUCAGAGGGAGAGAGGAAAGACUACAACCCUUUUCAAAACUGGAUUGACAAGUAACUGUUUUAAAAGUUACUUAAUAAAAGUGUGUGUGC